AUGGUAAACAUUUCCACAUUUAUACAUAGACAUAUUAAAUAUAUUAACUACAGAAUGUCCAAACACAUUGCAUCAAAUGAUGACAUGCCUACAGCGAAGCACCUCAGAAUUGAUGAAGGAAGUCAGACAGCACCGCUGGCGGAUGAGGGUGCAUGGAGAAUAUUGGAGGACUACCUCACCACCAGUAUGACAUAUCCUCAGAUGGAGGAAGCUUUUCAAUCAUACCUGGCUCAACAUGCAUUAUUCUCUGGUGAUGGUGAUGAUGAUGUUGCCUUGGAAAACCUUCAUGUUGUCAAGGCGAAGCACAUGCCUCAGACCCCCUGUGUACAUAAAGUUUGUUCAACUAUGGACAGGCAAUUGUCUCGGGCAUGUGUUCAACCUUUGUGUAAACCAACCAAACAUCUGCAGCUAAAAAAUCCCUAUCUUGAUCUGUAUGCAGGGGAAGAUGAUGACAAGGAGGAGGUUGAAGAGGGCUUUAAUGAUGAGGGGAAGGAAGAUGCAGGGGAAGAUGAUGAUGAGGAGGAGGUUGAAGAGGACUUUAACGAUGAGGGGAAGGAAGACAACAACCACGUGUGGAAGGUUAUGCACUUGCCAGGAUUGUCAUCAGCUGCUAGGUUCACUGCCAUCAUCAAUCACCUUGCAAGAAAUAUUACAGACUAUGUUGCCAAACACCUUCAGAAGAAGGAACUUUGUGUCAUAGUGUCAGCUUGGAUAGCUGGCCAGCUUUACGUGCUGGCAGAUGGCCCUAAAACCAUCUCUGACUCUCUUCCUUUUUCACUUUACCUCACUGUGAAACAAUAUGUCCAUAUAUCGGAUGAAGAACAUGAAGUGGUUGAGCAGUCCCACAGAAAAAUUCCUAACCCAGCCUGGGUAAGGAUCAAGCAUGAAAAAUAUAAGGGCAAUAUAGCCCAAGUCUUUGAUUCUGACUUACCAAACAAUUUCAUUGUGGUAUUAGUUCCUCCACAGGAUUUCCCCUAUUCCAUGCCUCACAGAUCUUGGUCAUUGCUGGACUGA